AUGGUUCAAUCUAUAGGUGUGACUUUUCCUGAAAAUGCAUGUCUGUUUAUCCUAAACAGUGCAUCUGUUCAGAACAAGAAGCAUCUGUUCGAAAAUAGUGCAUCAGUUCAUGAAGCAGUGCAACCUUAUGCAGCAACAUCAGUUCGAAAAGGCACCAGAAUGUCACUUCGUGAAUCAGACCCAACAUCAACAUCAUCUCCGCCUCCUUCACCAUCACCUUUAUCUCUGUCACCAUCACCAUCAUCUCGGCCUUCACCAGCACCAGCAUCUUCGCCGUCAUCAUCAACAUCAUCUCCGCCUCCUUCACCAUCACCAUUAUCUCCGUCACCAUCACCAUCAUCUCGGCCUUCACCAGCACCAGCACCUUUGCCGUCAUCAUCAACAUCAUCUCCGCCUCCUUCACCAUUACCAUUAUCUCCGCCACCUUCACCGUCACCAUCACCAUCACCACCACCUCGGCCAUUAGCAGCACCAUCACCUUCGCCAUCACCUACGCCACCUUCACCAUCAACAUCAUCACCACCUCAGCCACCACCUUCGCCAUCACCAUCACCGCCAGCUCCAUCGUCAACACCAAAAACACCACCUCCGCCGUCAACAGACUCAUCACCUUUAAUUCCUCAUUUUCUCAGCGGCCCUGGUGGUUCGGGUUCUACAAUUCCUGGUAUUCCUGGCAUCUCAAUUGGUUCUGGUAAUAACCCAACGCCUUCGUCACCAUCACCACCAGUUAAUAAGUCACCUCCUCCACCUUCACAAUGUAAGCCAUCACCACCUGGUCAGUCUGCAAAGCUACCUUCACCAGCAAAGCAACCACCACCUCCACCACCAGUUAAGGAACCAUCUCCACCACCACCACCACCACUUUCUAAGAAAACGCCUCCACCAGCUCCUGCACCAUUAAUUGCUAAUCCACCAGAAAUGGCACCAUCUCCAUCACCAGUUGCUCAGCCACCUGUAAUACUAUUAGCACCAUUUCCAUCACCAGUAGCGAAACAACCCCUUAUUCCACGUAUACCAAUUAAGCCGUUUGAACCUCCAUCUCUUCCCGCCUCCAAGACUGCAACCGUCAGUGGCCUUGUGCAUCAGGAGCGAAUUUAA